UUUAUUCCUUUAAUUAGAUUUUAUCAAUUAACUUCAGAAGAUUUUCUUUUAAAAAUAUAUCCUUAUAAAUUUCUACUACCUGAUGAUUUGAUUGAUAAUGUACUUACAUUUCAUAUGGCACCAAGUAAAAAAUUAAAUAUUAAUAUAGAAUCUCCUAGAAAACCAAAACAUGUAUAUGAUUCUGUUAUAGUAGAGUCUCAACAUUUUGCCAUUUUCUCUAGUUGGAUUGAAAAGAAAAAUGACUCUUAUUAUACUGAAUCAAAUAUUCCUUAUAAAUUUAACUUACUCUAUCGUGCUAAUAGAGAUGGUAAUACACCUGCUACCUUUCAUGCUAAAUGUGAUAAUAAAGGAGCCACCAUAGUUAUAGUAAAAAUUCAAAAUUCGGAACAAAUAUUAGGUGGAUAUAAUCCACUCCUAUGGGAUCAAAGUAAUUCAUAUAAGAACACAACUGAUAGUUAUAUGUUUUCGUUUACAAAUAGAAAUGAUUUAAAAACAGCAAAAGUAGGUUAUAUUAUUAGUGCGCAUUAUAAUUAUGCUAUAUAUUGUAAUCAAAAUCAUGGACCAGUAUUUGGCGGUGGUUAUGACUUAUUACAAGAUAAUAAUGGUGACUGGAAAAGCAAUAAUUCAUACUCUUAUCCUAAAAUUGAUAUACCACAAGGUUAUAGUGUAUCAGGUUAUAAUAUUUUUUAUGUAGAGAAUUAUGAAGUUUUUCAGGUUACUAAAAAAUAAUGAAUUUUUAUUAAAAAGUCUUUGACACAUUGAAUCUGUGAUGUCACCAUCCUAUUUAUAAAGAAAAUUCAUU